UUUCCUGAGAUUAUUUUAAGUAACUUAUACACGACUGAUAUAAGAAAAGAAAACGAUAAUAUAAGAAGACAGUUGCGAGGUCUAAAGAAAUUUAAUUUGUUUUCCUUCACUUUCUUUCCUCCUCACCAUUUCAUUAUUGUUCUGAAAAAUAACCAAUAAAUCAGCUUCAAAUUUCAUCUCCCUAUAAUAUUCAGAUAGCGCAUUAAACAUUGUAGUUUCAACCUCAAGCUCCCACUUUUUUUUUUUUUAUUUGUUUAUGAUCACUUAAUGAUUCUCACGUCCAGCAUUAUACGCCAUUUUCUUUCAACUUGAGAAAAGAAAAAUCUUUUUUUUUUUUUUUUUGUUGGAAGCCAUGACGGAGGUCCUUCAUUUCUCUUCACCUCCAAGCGCUGAGAAUUCUUCUUCUUCUACUACGUCUGACGACGAUGAUGAUGAUGAAGGUGCGUUGUCCUGUGCACCCCAGACAUCCUUAAGCUUCGCUCAUGGUAAUGGGGAUGGCUUUGUUAAUGUAACAGGUGGUGACCCAAGAGUUGAAGAAGAGAGAAAAUUAAAGAAGAGAAGCAAGCAAGAGGGGGAUCAAUUGUCUGUGUUAGCUUUGCUGGUGACAUUGUUCAAGAAAUCUUGGACCUCUGGUACAGGAAGGGAGCUUUCUGGUAUGGACAUCGGUAUCCCAACCAAUGUCAGACAUGUGUCUCAUGUUACAUUUGAUAGGUUCCGUGGCUUCUUGGGUUUGCCAGUUGAGUUUGAGCCUGAAGUUCCCACCAGAGUUCCUAGUGCCAGUGCAAAUGUCUUUGGAGUUUCGACAGAAUCAAUGCAGUUAUCCUAUGACCCAAGAGGGAAUAGUGUGCCUGCAAUACUCUUGUUAAUGCAAAGGCAUUUGUUUGCUCUAGGAGGCUUGCAGGCAGAAGGGAUUUUUAGAAUUACUGGAGACAACAGUCAGGAGGAGUAUGUCAGAGAACAACUAAAUCGUGGCGUAGUUCCAGAAGAGAUUGAUGCACACUGUUUAGCUGGACUAAUUAAGGCUUGGUUCAGAGAACUUCCAAGUGGAGUUUUGGAUUCUUUAGACCCCCAGCAAGUAAUGCAGUGCGAGACAGAAGAGCAGUGUACCGAGCUUGCGAGGCUUCUACCUCCAACAGAAUAUGCUUUACUGGAUUGGGCCAUCAAUCUCAUGGCUGAUGUUGUCCAGCAAGACCAUCUCAACAAGAUGAAUGCCCGUAAUAUUGCCGUGGUUUUUGCCCCAAACAUGACUCGGAUGGCAGAUCCUUUGACCGCACUGGUGUAUUCCGUCCAAGUGAUGAACUUUCUCAAGACACUAAUCUCAAAGACCCUACGAGAAAGAGAGUAUUCAAUGGUAGAGCCUACAGAGGCAUCCUAUCUGGAGCCUUUUGAUGAUGAUGGAGAUCAGAGGCCUUCCAUCUCCUGCAUUACAUAUACCCAAAAAGAUAAUGAAGAGAAAGAGACCGCAUUUAUAGCUCAAGAACCUUUAGGAGCAAGUUUCAGGAACUAUAGUCAAAACAAUGAGACGGCAGAUGGAGAAGAACACAGUCCCAUACCCUCGGACUACAAACAGAUCUCCGCUGAAAAUACUCCAACUCCGGCUAGAAAUAAUGAUAUUGGUGAGUCAAGUAAUUCAAGUCCGGGGAACAAAAUCAAUCCAUACUUGCUAUUGACAAAGCCAAAGGAAUACGCAACCUGAGCCGCAUAGAUUCAAGGGCAGAACGUUUCGAAGCAUGGCGAUGAAGGAUACUCAAAAACACCAGUUAGACGACCUUAACCCAUAUUCUAUCAAGUUUGGUGUGAUAGAAUAGCGUUUUGGGUUAACCUAGUAUAAAAUCAUGGAUGAAACAAUUCAAUACAUGACCCCCUAACAUUUAACAUUGUAACCUGAUUGAUGUGAUCACUUAACUUUUGGUUUUUUAUCUGCAUUCCCUCACUGCUCCACAUAUUCUGCAUAAAAGUUAAAAAAACUUUUCCCAGCAAGAAUCUAAAUA